AUGGGCAAUCUAGUGACGUCGACGUUUUCUGGGUCUUCAAGCACAUCUUCCUAUCUUUCGAAAGGCCUCUCCGAUCCAGCAACCAUUGGCAACCAAACAGUGCGAGCGGUGCACGGCGUCGCCAUGAGCCUCACCUGUCUGAAGGUGCAGAAGCUGGUGGACUCGCACACGGUGGUCGUCAUCUCCAAAAGUUACUGCCCCUACUCGAGGAUGGCCAAGGAGGCGCUCGCCAACUACAACCUACCGCCGGACGACCUGCUGGUGUGGGAGAUUGACGGCGAGGAGAACACCGCGGAGAUUCAGCAGUGCCUCAAGCAGAUGACCGGCGGGCGGACGGUGCCCCGCGUCUUCAUUUGCGGCCAGUUUGUGGGCGGCGGCGAGGACACUGUGCGGCUGCACAAGAGCGGCGAGCUAGCGAAGCUGCUCGCUGCCGCCGGUAGCAGCACUCCCUCAAAGUGA